AUGACACUAGUUUCUAAAUCAUUUCAAAAUGAAUACUCUCUAGAAAAGAGAAAGCAUAUUAGUGCAAAGAUCAGAAAUAGAUACAAAGAUAGAUUACCAAUUAUUGUUGAAAGAGCACCAAAUUCUAAUAUACCCGAAAUACCAAAGAAGAAGUUCUUGGCACCAUGCGAUAUGGUAGUCUCUAAAUUCUUGAUGGAGAUUCGUAAACAUCUUGCAGAGACUGGUGGCCAGAUGAAUGACAAGACCGCCAUCUUUCUCUUUGUAAAUAAUAAUGUCCUUCCGCCAUCAAGCAAUCAGAUAUCAACCAUUUAUGAAUUAUACAAAAACGAAGAUGGUUUCCUCUAUAUCACUUAUAGUGGAGAGAAUACUUUUGGUGGAUUAUGUGAGAAUGAAACUCUAAUUUAA